AUAUAGAUGGCAUCAUAAAUAUUAUGUAUAUAUUUGUACGUCGAUAGAAAUUUAGAUUUUAAUAAAUUUUAUAACUAAACGUAUAAAAAUAAAAUUAUUAUUGUAAUUAUUGCCAUUCGAAGAUACGUAUGUAUAUUCUAAAUAAUAUUUAAUCAAUUAUAUUGAAAAUUAAUAUAAAUAGGUAUAUUUUACAUAUUUCUUAUAAUACAUUUAAUAGGAAUUCAUAGUCAUGUCAUAAAACAUAUAUAUAUAUUUAUAUAUAAUGUAUAUAUAAAUAUAUAUAUAAAUGUGUGUAAGAUACUUAAUCUUAAGUUUAAAAAUUAAUGGUUUCAAAAAUGAAAAUGCUAUUGUUUUAAUUUUAAUAAGUAACUUGUAUCAUUUUAAUGUUAUCAUCUCUACCAUCUUGUUAUCAUUAACACGCGUAUAUCGAAUCAAUUUCUAACCUUAAAUUGUUAACUCAAAAAUUUGUGUAAAAGACAAGACAUAAAAAAAUGUUUUGGAAAUGUUAAAAAUAGAAAAAAUCAGUACAAUUUUUUUACAAAUUAAAUAUUGUCAUCAAAUUUAUUUAUAUAAAAUUUAUAACCAAUAUUUACAAAAAACGUAUAGUGUUAGUGGAAACAAUAUUUGUGAUACAAAUUUUUAAUAUGUAUAAUUUAUAUUAUUAUAUAGUAAUAAUUCCAUAUAUAAUGAAGCAAUAUUGUCAUUUAUUUAAAAAAUCAUUUAUUGUCAUAUACUGAAUAAAAAAAAUGGAUGAUUCAAUAAAAUUAAUUAUACAUAAAGGCAGCACAAUUUUCGAUAGCAUUAUUAUUACAUAUUAUUCUGUGAUUAAAUACGAACAAAAAGCAAGAGAAACUAAAAGUAUAUAUCAAACAAAUAUUAAUAUGAACAAUGUCAAUGAAAGUAAUGUAGUACAAGUAAAUAGAAAUUCCUUAAACAGAAAAGGAUUUAAUGCCUAUAUUAUAUCAGCAUAUAUUACAACAUUAAUAAAUUCACAAACAUAUCGAAAGGCUGCAUUUAAAAAAUUAUUGCAAUAUUUAGCAUACAAAUUAUUAAAUAAAGUAGAUUCAAAAAUAAUUCUAAUAAAAUUGCGAAUGCCAAGAAAACAAUUCUUAGAUUACAAAUGGAAUCAAAGAAUAACACAAAUAGCAAUGGAAAGAAGAGAAGUUGAUCAUGCUAUGUCUUGGUUAUCUACUUUAGGUGGAGCAUUUUCUGCUUUAGGAGAAGAAUUUCAAUAUUGCGCUGAAAUAGCAGGAAAAAUUUCCAUAAAACAAUUUGAACUGGCGCUUCGUCUUAGAGAUCCUUUUCUAGUUGCUCGUUGUAAAUUAUAUAUUGCUUUAAGUUUGAUUCAACAAGGUCAGUUAAAAACCCCAAAACAGAUAGUAAAGCAUAUUUAUAAGUUUUCUAUAAAUCAGAAUGAUAUUCGUUUACAAAAUAUGUGUCAAGGUAUAUGGGCAAAACUCAAAUAUUGUUAUAAAAUACAAAAAGAACGGCAUAAAACUUAGUAGUCAAUAUUAGUUUCAUAAAAUUUUUAAAGAUAGUUUAAAAUUAGGCUAAUUAAAUUUGAUAUUUAUGUUUAAAAAUAAUAUAAAAAUAUUGUUUUCAAAAAUGUAUUUUUUGUAAUUAUUAAAUAAAUGUUAAUAAAAAAUAAUAUUAUAUUCUGUUAAAUUAAAACUAAUAAACAUAUAUAUUUUCAACAUUUUUAUUAAUCCUCAUACAAUUAUUAAGUCUUUUUAAUUUGCAAACAUUUGAAACAGAAAUAUAAUAUAUGAAUAAUAUUUAAAUAUGAAUUUAAAUGCUACAAAAUUUCUUGAAAUUUUUUAAAUAAAUUUCAUGGCUUUUAUCAUGUAUGAAUAUUUAGAAUAUUUCUAUAAUGGAAUUUUUAAUUUUUUUGGCUUCUCUGCAUUCUUAAAUAUAUUUAACUUACAUAUUUGUAUUUGUAUAAAUGUGUGUGUGUGUGUAUGUGCACGCUCGCGUGACAUUUAACAAAAAAAAAAAAAAAAAAGAAAAAAACAA